AUGGGCCACGGCCAGAACAACAUCGUCACCGCCUGCUCCCACACGACGUCGUCGGUGACGCCGCCACCCCUUGGCUCCGAGGAGGAGGAGGAGCCACCUCCGGCGGAUCAGGAGGCGCCGGGGAACGGGGUGCUUGUCCUCACGACGCACUGCGAGUACCCGUCGAUCCCGAACAACGCAGCGCACAACGGCUUCGCAGUGAUGGUGCAAGUCAAGGCGCCCUCGCUGGCGAGGCGCGGUACGCCUGUGGACCUCGUCGCGGUGCUCGACGUCAGCGGGAGCAUGGCGGGGCCCGGCAAGCUGGAGGAGGCGAAGCGCGCCAUGGGGUUGGUCGUCGACAGCCUCGGCGCCCGCGACCGCCUCAGCGUCGUCGCCUUCUCCGACGGCGCGCGGCGGGUCGUCCCCCUGACGCGCAUGUCGGCGGACGGCGAGGCCGCCGCCAGGCUCGCCGUGGAGUCCCUCGUCGCGGCCGGCUCGACCAACAUCCGAGCCGGUCUGGACGAGGCGGCCAAGGUGCUCGAGGAGUGCCGGCACGACAGCGAUGUCGCCGGCGUCGUCCUCCUCUCGGACGGUUACGACAACUACAACGCGUGCCGCCGUAGCCUACUCCACACGAAUGAGAAUAAUCCGACGACAGACUACAGCAACCUUGUGCCGCCGUAUCUCGUGCUCGGCAAGGGCAGCUGGCGAGCCACUCCGGUGCACACGUUCGCGUUCGGCUCCGACCACGACGAGGAAGCCCUGCACGGCAUCUCGGCGGCGACAGGCGGCACCUUCUCCUUCGUCGAGAACCACGCGUCGUCCAUCCAGGACGCGCUGCGGCCGUGCGUCGGCGGACUCCGAUCGGUCAUGGCGCAUGGUGUUUGGAUUGACGUCAACUGCCGAUGCCAAUACCCCGAAGAAAUAGGCGUCGCGGCGGUCAAGUCCGGCCGCUACAAGAACAGUGGUAGCGCCAAUGACGAGGAGGGCCUGGACGAGUACGUCGAGGCGCAAAGGCCCCUCGACUCCGCGCCGGCGGAGGUCGAGGCGCAAAGGCCCCUCAACUCCGCGCCGGCGGAGGUGCCGUCGAUGGAGGUCGAGCUGGAGCGCCUCCGCGUGGAGGCAGCGGAGGACGUGGCCCUAGCCCACGCGGCCGCAGAGCGCGGCGCCUACGCCGAGGCCGCGCGGAUCCUCGGCGCCCGCCAGGAGUCGGUGAUGGUGAGCCGGUCGGCGGCGGACGCGACGUGCGAGGCGCUGGCGGCCGAGCUUGACGAGCUGCGGCUGCGCGUGGCGGACGAGCGGGAGUACAGGCUCACGGGGGCUCUUGCUUAUGCACUCACCGCCGCUUCCAUGGAUCAACGAGCAGCCUCCAUGGAAGUUGUUCAAGGUCUUGAAGACAUCGCAUCUUCUCCUCUCAUGGAGGAUCCACGUUCACUGCAAAUUGUUGCUGUUGGUGGCGAUCGUGGAGAAGAGGAACAACCAAUAACACAGGAGACGAUUGAUAAAUCUGGACAAAAUUUGAUAGCACCUCAAGUUGGAAUGAGUUUUGAAUCUGAGAAAAAGGUUUAUGAGAUGUACAACACCUAUGCUGGACAGGUUGGGUUCAAUGUUAGAAGGAGCAAGACAAAGCCCUCUGUAGAUGGUAGUUUAAGUUAG